AUGUUACCAAGUUCAAUAUAUAUUGAAAAAAGUCUAUCAAGUAUUGUAAGCGGAUUACAAGAAGAAUUAUCCAAUACUCAAACAUCCGUAGUUAAAAAAAAUCGUCUUAUUCUUCAACAAUUAACAAAGUUCGUAGCCGAAUUGAAUUGUGAUUUUUUUCAUGAGAAAUUAAAAGAUCGUUUAAAAGAUAAUAUUAAUUUUUUACAUUUUAUACCAAUAUCAUCGAAUCCUUUAACCGAUGAUUGGGGACGUUGUACAUAUUUUUUUGCAAUCAUUGGAACAUUUAAAUUAUUAAUUUAUCAACCAGGUACACCAACAUUUACAAGUAGUGUUGAAAAAGAUAGUGAUUUAGUUGCAAUUCAUGAUAAUUGUCAACAAAAUGGAGCUAUUCUUGGUAUGGGAUGUGCAUCUUUUUUAGCUGAUUUUGUUACAUAUUUAUGUUGUUUAUAUCAAGAAAAUUGUUCUAAAAUGAAAUUAGAUUCAUCAAAUUUUCAUCCAAUUGCAUAUAAAAUCUCAUUAGAAACAUGUUUACAAAAAUUUGUUGAUGAAGAUCGAGAUGCUCAUGGACGAUUAAUUGAAAUGAAAGAUCUUUUAUUAAAUCUUGGUGGUAAAAAUGAAAUAAAAUAUGAAUCAUUUCAACCUUAUUUUUAUGCCAAAGAUAUUGAAGUUUUACGUGGAGAAAAACCAAAUUUAACUCCAAAUUUUUAUAAACAACUUUCCAAUGGAGAAUUUACAUCUAUUUUAGAAAAACGUGAUUAUUGUCGUACAUAUCAACGUAUUGAAAAUUAUUUUGAUGAUAAUUCAUCAAGUAUUGAACAAGGUUUACAUUUUCUUAAAUCAGAACCAUGGAAAAUUAUUCAUGAUACAUUAAUGAAUAAAAAUGGAAUAUUUAAAGAUUCAAUAUUAGCAAGACGUUGGUUAACUAUAACUUUUGAUGUAUUUGAACAACAACUAACGUCAAAUACUUCAGUAUCUCCAAGUAUAAUAUCUACUACUAAUGUUCCAUAUGAUAUUGAAAAACUAGAACGUGAUUAUGAUUUAUUAAGAAAUGAAAAAUUAAUGGAAUAUUUUACGCAAGUCCAACGUGGUCUUCAAAGUUUAUUUCAAUCAGCUGUUAUAGCAGAUGCUGAUAUAUUUGCUAUUCGUACACCUGAUUUAAGUAAAAAUAUUCAAGUCAUAGCCGAUUUAGUUCCGGAAGCAAAAACUAUUUUACAAAAAGUAUCACAUAUUAUUGAAUCAAUUAAUCAAAAAGGAAUAGAGAAAAAAUUAAAUAACUUAUGUAAUUUAUGUGUACGUUUUCCAUGUUUACCUGAAUUACUUGCAAGAAAAAUUACUAUUAUGAAAAGAGAUUAUAUUAUGAAUUUAAAAGAUACGGAUACCAUUGGUUUAUGUUCAAAACUUGAUACACUUGUUAAAGGAAAUAAUCGUUCAAAAAAUUGGUCUAUUCAACAAAGACUAGCUGUUCGUGAUACAAAAAUAAUAGAAGCAUGUUGUAUUCAACUUAUAUGUCAAGAUGAUAUUAAUCCAUUAAGAGCAACACAUGUAGAUGAUAUUGCUAAUAAAAUAAGUAGUGCAUUUAAAAAUACACAAUUAAGUGUACAAAUAUCGAAAGACUUAACAAUUAAUGAACAACCAAAUAUUUUUCAACGACGAGAACCAUUUACAAUACCAAAUUCAUUUUUUGAACAGCAUACUAAUCAUAAAUUUAUGAAACGUAUGGCUAAUAAUGAAGAUUCUAUAGCAUAUCGUGAUCGAGUCAAACAAUAUUUGAUGGAAUUAAGUUCUGAAAAAAUACAAGAUUUAUUAGGUUCUAUUGAUCCAUCGGAUAGUCAACUUAAUCCACUUUUUAUUUUACUUUUGGAAGUCAAAAAAGAGAAGAAAAAUGCUUGUACUAUAUCAUAA